CUCUCUCUCUCUCUCUCUCUCUCUCUCUCUCUCUCUCUCUCUCUCUCCACUAAGUUCUUGGAUAUCAUUAUCAACUAGAGAUUGAAACAUUAAGGGAUAAUGGAGGAUUUUUACAGGCUAAACACUAUGAAUAUGAUAUCAAGCUCAUCGGGGAAUGUGAAUCAGGUUGAAAAUGGUACUAGGACUACUACUGAAGGUGGUGCUGCUUAUCGUGGUUCUCCAAUAAUAGUGAGUCACCGUAACUUCAACAUGCUUCAAUUUGAAACGGAUCAGGGUAUGACAGAGCUGAUGAAGACCCAGAUAGCCAAUCACCCUCGUUACCCAGAUUUGGUUUCUGCUUACAUAGAUUGCCAAAAGGUUGGGGCUCCACCAGAGAUUAAAAGCCUACUUGAAGAAGUAGGUCGGCUAAGCUUCCCAACAAGCACUUGCAGGAGUGAGAUAGGAGCUGAUCCAGAACUAGAUGAGUUCAUGGACACAUACUGUGGAGUUCUUCAUACAUACAAGGAAGAGCUUUCUAAACCGGUCGACGAAGCAACCACAUUCUUGAACAACAUUGAAUUGCAGCUUAGCGACCUCUGCAAAGGCACAUUCCAAAAAAACAACUGUGACCUUCAGGCAGCUGUACCCUUGCCAGAUGAAGCUGUUGGAAGUUCAGAAGAGGAGUUUAGUUAUGGGGAGAUGGAAGCAGCUGAGGGUCAAGAUACCUCCGCGUUUCGUGCUUGUGAUAGGGAGCUGAAAGAUAUGCUGCUGCAUAAGUACAGUGGCUACCUUGGCAAGCUGAAGAAGGACUUCUUAAAGUCGAGGAAGAAAGGAAAGCUUCCAAAGGAUGCUAGGUCUGCACUAAUGGACUGGUGGAACACUCACUAUAGAUGGCCAUAUCCUACGGAAGAGCAGAAGAUGCAACUAUCUGUGGCAACUGGUCUGGACCAAAGGCAGAUAAACAAUUGGUUCAUAAACCAAAGGAAGAGGCACUGGAAGCCAUCUGAAGACAUGAAGUUCGCUCUCAUGGAGGGUGUUAGUGGUAGCAUCAAUGGUGAAGGAGGACCAAGUUUGCUAUGCGACCCUGGAUUCGGACAUGAUGAUAUCAUGUGAUCGAUGCAUUAGGCAAUAAUGAGCAGGUUGAAUGCUGUUAAUCAUCAUAUCACCACUCAAUAACCAUGCAUUAGUGUUCGUUUUUCUUAUCAGCUCGCCUAGCUAUAAUAUUUAGUCGCCCGCUUUUAUCUUUGUUAUGUGAAACCUUGCAACAAAGUACAGCUAGUAACCUAGCUUGUA